CUUCAGCCUUGCUCUUCUCUCCUGCAAUUCUGAGAUCCCAGCCAAUUGUGCACCAUGAAGACUGCUUUUGUGCUCUUCGCUUUGGCCUUCUUGGUUUUCCAGGCAACGGCUAAGCCAAAUCCUGAUGUUUUAGCAGAAGAUGAUGCCCAAAUGCCAGCGGGUGAGUAGAAUUAAGCAAAACCUUAUCCCUCCCCCUUUCUCUUUCUUUCCCCUCCUCUUGCAAUAGUGUGUCCAUAUCAUUGUGGUUCCUUCACCUUUCCAAUUUGUUUCUUUUCUCAUGCCCUCAAUCUCCUGCAUCUGCUGGCUUCUACCACUAGGUCUAGAGUUGAAGGGCAUCAUGCAAGGUCCCACAGAUUCUUACAUUAGCUGUUUCCAGAAUCCUGUCUCUUCACCCAGCCAAAAGUCAGUUGAUUUGCACACAAGAAGACACAGUAUAUACAGAAGACCAAUUUGGCCACCACUUUUGUUUAGACGUAUCAGCAUCACUAUUGGUUCUGAAGUAAAGAUGCUGCCACUUUCUCACUUCUCAGUCGCUCACAAAAAAACCAGGAUUUGCCUUGCAACCACAUUCUGAAUGUCAGAUAUGAGCCCUAAAGCCUUUGAGAGAGCUAAAGAGGUUACAGGAUGACAUGUGUUAUCUAAAACGAGUCUUGGGAGCCUUUGUCCCAUGGGUCAAAUUAGACCCAUCAGGGAUUCUAAUUUGGGCCCAAAGUCUGUUUUCAUCAAGUCAUGGCCACCUGCCCUACACCUGACUUCAUAUAACAUUAGGUGUGGGGCAAGUCAAGCUGCAGUGGCAAUUACCACUCCCCGCUUAAAACGGGGGGCGCCCUUUGCGUGGACGCACGCAGCCCCUAGAUCUGGAGCGGCUCCAACAGCAUAGGCUUGGCUUUGCCUUCCCUCAGGUGGGAUACCUGGAGGUCCCCACCUACCUCAAUCAGUUGUCCAAUCCCACCUGGGGGAAGCGUUGCCAAGGAGACCAGGCCAGGUAGGGGAGGGAUUACCUGCCCACACAAUAGAGAGAGGAUCUUACCUGGGAAUCCUCACUUGGCUCCAGAGCUUCUCCCACCCUACCCACCCUCAGUUAAUGUCUUAUUUUGCAGGUUAACUUUUCUUCACAGGUAUGUGGGCGCUGCUACGUUAAGGUUGCUGUUAAAGGGCCGGAAAGGAAUUUCCCUGCAUUGGAAGGUUUUGCCUUUCCUGUAGCAAAACAUCACAACUUUGGCCGUAUCAGGCCUUGGGCGGAAUCCUUUAGUCCAUCUUCCUCUUUGCGGCGGCGAUACCAGGGUUCCCCAUUAAAGGGGUUUCUGAAGGGAGGCUUUGACCGUACGCCGAAAGGUCAUCAUUGCUCUCCCCUGCAGCGGUGGCGUGACGGGGGCGGCUAUCUCUGCUUGAACAUAUGUUCUCCAGAGCCGGCCCAUCCCCCCCACCCACACUAGAUAACCCUGAUGCUCCCUAGGUCCCCGGCUGGGGACUGGGGAGGGAGAACGCCCAAUGCCUGAGCCAAGGUCUACCCACAUUUGAAAUUUAAUAAAGUUGUGGCCAAUUUAAUCCUAUAGCACGUUGUCUUGAGUCGUUAUUCCACAUGAUGGGAGGGACCGCUCGGGAUCUGGGGACUCCGCCUGUCCACGCAAAUGAACAACUAGGAAUCUGGUCCUGAUCUUACCUCUACAAAUGAGGACUUCGGCACCCUUUAGUUUUUGCACCAAAUGCAAACCCCAUUGGGAUUAGUUUCACUCAAGAGCUCCUGGUCAGAGCCACCAAGUAAAGAGGACCCCUGAAAGGAAGUGCUUGCUUUCUGGCCUGUUUUCAACAGGAAUCUUUGUAGCCAUGAGCAAGGGACACAGGUGAUGCUGUGGUUUAAACCACUGAGCCUCUUGGGCUUGCCGCAGACAUCCGCAAGCUAGAACAGUGAGAUGGAGCACUGUUUUUUUGCACAGCCCUCUCCAAGCUAGAACAGCGAGAUGGAGCGCUGUUUUUUUUUGCGCAGCCAUCCCCAAGCUAGAACAGCGAGAUGGAGCGCUGUUUUUUUGCACAGCCAUCCCCAAGUAGAACAGCGAGAUGGAGUGCUGUUUUUUUGCGCAGCCAUCCCCAAGCUAGAACAGCGAGAUGGAGCACUGUGCAGCGCUCCGUCUCGCUGUUCUGGCUUCUGGGACAGCCUUUGAAGCCUCCGAAGGGCAACGGGGUGAAGGCACUGUGGAGGCUGUGCGCAGCUAACCCCGAAGCCUUUGGAGCACAGUGCGAGUUCCCGCUGCUCGCCAAAGGCUUCAGGGAUAGCCACCCGAAGACUUUAGAGUGCAGCGGGAACUAGCGCUAUGCUCCAAAGGCUUCGGAUUCCUUUGCUGAAGCCAGUAGAGUCUUGCUGUGCUCCAAAGGCUUCAGGCGACUAUCCCUGAAGCCUGGAGAAUGAGAGGGGUCAGUGCGCACCGACCCCUCUCGCUCUCCAGGCUUCAUCGAAAUUAACUCGUAGCCUCCGGAGCACAGAGGGAGCGCUCCCUCUGAGCUUUGGAGGCUUCGCUUUGCUUUCGCUGAAUCCAAGGAGCCUGCAUUCACUCCAUAGGACGCACAAACAUUUCCCCUUAAUUUUUGGAGGGGAAAAAGUGUGUCCUAUAAAGCAAGAAAUAUGGUAUAUUAUGCUCUAAUUUGGAAAACCUUACAGAAAAGCAGUGCCCGCUGUGUUAAAGUGAGAUAAGACUAAGCUAAGCCAAAGAACGGAGAGCUACCUGAUAAGCAUGUUAAGGUCUCUUGCCUUUUCUUUUCUUUCCUGCAGAAGAUGUUCCCCGCCCAAGAAAUGCCAUGGUAUGCAAUGCUAUGGGAGGAAAUUGCCGCCCCGGAUGCUAUGCCAAUGAGAAGUCUGUUGGAAAAUGCUUUGCAAAUAUGUGUUGCUGUGUGGGGUUCCAGUAGAGAGCCUACUCAAGAGAGAUGCAAGGAAGACCAACAGCGUACGAUCGGAACAGAGGAAGAAUCCACCUCCCAAUCAAGAAGGAUUAAUGCUAAACCUCUCUUUUUUGA